AUGGCUCUGGCUCUGGUGCAUGCUGAGGGUGGUGAAUCGGAGGCGAGUGCUUCACCCAGCUCGGCUCUGUCAUUGUCAUCGGUGGGCAGCACAAGCUGUGGCAGUACUGUUGUCACCUCAGCAACAUCCCUGUCACAGUCGCCGCUGCAGCAACAGCAGCAGCAGCAGCAGCAUAGCCAGCAGCCUGCUCGGCACAUAUACAAGCCAAAGUUCCAUAAGGCGGUACUCUACCAGCAGCAACAAGAUGAAGCAUCGCUCCCUGCCACUAUUAAUGAAGCUUCAUCAUCACCAUUAUCAUCACAGUCCCUGCAACUGGAGCAACAGCAGCAGGAGCAGCAGCUGGCGACAAGCAGUGCUGAUGUGCAGAACCCACUUCCUCCUCCCCCGCUUGUUUGCCAUGGUGCAGCUGGCAGCCCUAGCCCUGAGGUGAUAACACGUCAUAUCACCAAUAUCAUCACACACAACCAGCAAGUUGUCUCCUGCAGCUGGCCCAAGAAAAUGCACCUACACCGCCAACAGAUGCAGCAGCAGCCAGACCACUCUUCAAGGCUUGCAGCAGCGCUAUUACGCCCUAGCAGGACAGAGGCAACUCCAUCACCACGUCCAUCUGAGGGCAGUAGCGCCUGUUCGACACCAGAGCCAGUAAAUACAACGCUGGUGCAACAGCCACUCAAUUUGUCAUCACGGCCUGUCCCAGUGUUGGCGCAAGAACCAGCACCGGGUGUUGAAGCACCACAGCGUCUCAAGACAGUGGGUCAGAUCCCGCCAUUGGUACAGCAACAUGCUGUUAGCCAGGUACUCCGUGAUCACAACCAUGGAUGUGGGCCACCAAUUGAUCCUGGCCCUGACAGCAGUGCGGCACUUGCCCUCCUCAAUGAUCUAGCCUCUGCCACCAGCAAAGAACACACUGCUGAGAACUCCAUAAUCAAAAGACUGUUACUGAAACGGCGUGCUGCUGAGGCAGCAGCGGCGGCAGCGGCUGCUGCAGAGGUGGGUGCUACGUUGGAGCCCACAUCCCAACUAGCUGAUGAUCUUCCUACUUCAUCUGUGACGACUGCAAGCUUCCAGUUUGUGUGUAAUGUGUGCAAGAUCCCAUUUCGCAGUGCAGAGAACCUAGAGACUCACCAACAUUACUACUGCUCUAGGAGGCCCAGAAUAUCAUCAGCAAGCUCGUACAGCUCUCUUGAAGAGACCAGACAUCAAAGAACAGCACUGAAGGUGGAUGUACGUGCUGCAGUGGCCAGUGGGGAUCGUGUGGCUCCACCUUUUCCAUCACCGGGACCUCUACUGGGUUCUACACCUCUUAUUGACAGCUACAGGCCUGAAGACAAAAGACGUCGCCUUGACUCGGAACGUUCAUCCUCUGCAUCUUCAUCUUGCUGUACGUCACCCUUACCUUCAUUGCGUUCCAUUGAGGAAUUAUCAAAGUGCCCACCGCCAGCACCACCUCGGCCCAACUCCCUUCAGAUGUUUGGGGGCGAGGUGCAAAUCUUGGAUGCAGCUGGUGAAAUGAAGACAUUGCGUAUAGAGCCAUCAACACGUGGCAGUGGGCACAGUCCAGGGCUCACAGUUGGGCACAUGGGAGGAGGGCUUGUGGUAGGUCCCUGCUCUACAACAGCUAAUGUAAUUGAAGGCGGGCAGCCACAGUCUCCACACAUAGUCGUUACGAUAGCACGCUCUGGGCUUCACUCGGGAGGCACACUUGUUCAGCUACCUACGACAACUAUCAGUUCGGGAGUAGCUGGUGUCGCUGCAGCAACAAUGACUCCUACACCUGCAGGAGGCAGCUCUGCUAACGGUGCACGUACGCCGAGGACUUCGGGUGGUGGUGUAGUAAGCCCAAAGCCAACUCAAAACACCCCAUCCACUGUUCCUGCUGCUGCUUCUGCACCUGCUAUGUUUCCAGCAGCACGUCUUGUAACCCCUAACAUUGCCACACCUGAUUUGGCAGUACCUGGUAUUCCUCCGCCAGGUCGUCCACUGCCAUUUCCUGUGGCUUUCCCUGCAUUCCUUAAUCCCUUAACACACAUCACUGCCUACAACCCUCUGACACUCCCUCCACCAUCUGUUGCAAGUGGAACCAGUGGAACUACAGGGGUGGUGACAAUACAGUAUGGUGGUAAAGUUAUUCCUCAUGUGCCUGGAAUACCUGGCCCGCAGACACUUCUCCUAAGGAAUACUGCCCCUCUUGAUUUAGCUGUGACUAGUGGUGUAGUGCAGGCAUCACCAACCACUGUAGUGGACAGUCCUCGUAUGAGUCCCCAAGUAUCAAAAGCCCCUGUAAAAUGUUCUACCACAGGACUCAUAACAGUGUCUGCUCCAUCCAAGCGUGAAACACGUGAUGACACCAUAAGGUUACCGAGUGCAUCAUCUUCGCCACCAAAGAAGAUGCCAAAAUUGCAGUCAACGCUACCAAUGAUCAAGGUAGACUGUGCUUCAUCUCCUGGAGAAGUCACAGUUGAGCGUUUGGUUUCUGAAGAUUCUGUCAAACGUUUAUCACCAUCAAAACCAGUUGCAAUAACACCACCACCAAGGAAAGUUUCCAGAGGAAGUGACAGUAUUGUGAUGGGCUCUAAAUGUGAAAGUUCAUUAUCACCUGCAAAACCAGAAAAUGGUGGCAGAACAGAAAGUGCAGAUAUCGAAAAAAGUAUAGAUAAUGAGGAUGGAAAUGGAAAGAGUGGAAAUUCUGAUAGCUCUCAUCGUCCACGAUUUCUUAGGCCUACAUCGUUACCAUUGAAGCCAGGGACAUUUACACCAAAGAAGGUACACGGUAUGGGGUUGACACCAGUUUUGCCUCUCGUAAGCCCAGAGACCCCACGACCAAAAAAGUCGUAUGGACAGUUGUACUUGAAUGGGCAUGCAUACACAUAUUUGGGCCUAAAAUGCUCAGCUCGUUCGUAUUAUUGCACUCUGAAUAGGCUUCAACCUAUGUAUGUGCUACACAGCCCUGAACACUCGAAGCUGUCAAUGUACUCCAAUUGGAAGGUUUGUUCAGAGGCUGCUCCAAACCCUCUUGGUCUAGAGCCUGGCAAGGCAAUGGCACUGUACGAUUCACGUCAUAGACCAGUUGUGUAUACAGUGGCAAGAGCUUCACAAAAGCAUGCAUUGGUUAUGACCCAUUCAUCAUAUUGGCAGAAUAAAACUUUGACUCAGAUGAAGAACAAAGAAAAGAAAGAUGUAAGUGAUGAAGGUACAUCUGAAGAUAAGACACAUGCUGAUGAUGGAGAAAAUAGUUCCGAGAACAACACCAGUGGACAAGAAGGUCCACAAAGUGGUGAGCAGCCACCAAGGAGGGUUAAAAUCUUUGAUGGGGGCUUUGAGUCUAAUGAAGAAUAUACAUAUGUGAGAGGGAGAGGCCGUGGUCGUUAUGUGUGUGAGGAAUGUGGGAUCCGUUGCAAGAAGCCCUCUAUGCUCAAGAAGCACAUUCGCACUCACACAGAUGUCCGGCCAUUCACCUGCAAGCACUGUAAUUUCAGUUUCAAAACAAAAGGAAAUUUGACAAAACACAUGAAAUCAAAGGCACAUUACAAGAAGUGUGUAGAACUUGGAAUUGUACCUGUACCAACUGUUGUUGAUGAUAGUUACAUUGAUGAAGAAUGUCUGGCAAAACAGCAAGCAAUGCGAGCUUCUCGAAUUGAAGAUGGUGAAUCGGAGUCUGAUGAUAAUGAUGAAGAUGAGGAUGAUGAUGAUGAUGAGGAUGAAGAUGAGGAUGAUGAACAAGUGCCAGCUGAUGAGGACUGUGAUGAUGAGGCAAACAAAGGAGCUCCAGAGCGUGAAGCAGCUCGCAGCUUGCUGUCUCUCAGUCGCGGUGGUGGCUCGAGUUCACCGGGGCUUGCGUCGGCUGGUUUAGUACCUGCAGUUGCAGCCAGGCCAAACACAUACCCAUAUAUGGCUACUACUAUUGUUCCGACACCACACACUCCAACACUUUCAGCAGUCAGUGCUCAGACAGAGCGUGAAAAGGUGUCAAACAAUACUGGACUGGCCCUUGGACUGGAAGGAACCACAGGUGGUGGACUUGUUGUGCAAAGCACAACAAACCGUUACUAUUUCCCAUCUAAUCGCACAACCACUACUACUUCCACACCACAACCUGCUUUGAGUGUCAGUAGCCCCACCACCUCCACUGUACCUCUUGUCACGACACGUGAUAAAGAUGGUCUUCCAGUAGACCUAAGCACUCGAUCACAACUUCAGCUGCAUGUCCAGACACAGCCUACAACUCCAGUUUCAGAAAUUCUGACUCCUGUUUCGGAACCAGCUACCCUUCUCGCUUCUCUUUGCAGCUCUGCAGAGCGAUGUCCUCCUCCUCCAGCACCUCCAGUACCUGCCCCAGCUGAAGCUACAAUGCUGCAGGCUUACCUGACUGAACGAGCUUUGCAGGAUGCGAGAGUGAAGCGUCAUCAGGUACUACAGCCUGAACCUACUCCUCCAGUAACAGAUGUUGCUGGAAAUUGCAGUACACCGACUGUUUCAUUUCCAACUCCUGUAUCACGUACUGAAACUUGUUUGUCAGUAGAGGUGACCUUCCCAGCUGUUUCUUCAGUUGCUGCCUCUGUAUCUUCUUCCAUCCCUAUUUCGGUAGCACAGUCUUCAAGUAUGCAUGUGGAACUGACAGCACCAAAUGGAUCACCUGCACGAUCCUCUCCUUUUAGCAGUCAGCAUCCAUUGUCUCCACCUACCACUCAGACUACGACAACUCGUGAAAGUCCAACUCAGUCACCAGGUGGUCCAAAAGCAGAGUUCAUGCCACCGUCCAGUGGCCCGUCACCUAGCUAUGUCAGUAUAACAGAUGAUGGCCGAAGUAUGUGUUCAAUCUGCAACAAGAUUUUUUCCAAACCAAGCCAGCUCCGCUUACAUGUUAACAUACAUUACUUUGAACGUCCUUUUCGUUGCGAGUCAUGUGCAGUGUCCUUCAGAACGAAGGGGCACUUACAGAAGCAUGAGCGUUCUGUCAGCCAUCAAAAUAAAGUCAGCAUGAACUCCACUUUUGGAGCUCCAACUACUACAAAUCCUCGUCCUUUCAAAUGUGAUGACUGCAAAAUAGCAUUUCGUAUACAUGGCCAUUUAGCUAAACACCUGCGAUCAAAAAUGCAUAUAAUGAAACUAGAGUGUGUGGGCAAGCUGCCAUUUGGAACAUAUGCCGAGAUGGAGAGGGAAGGCAUAAGUUUAAAUGAGAUUGACACCACAGAUUGUGAAAAUUCCCUUGAAAGUUUGCAGGUGUUGGCACAGAAGUUAUAUGAAAAGGAUCCUUCAAAACUUGGACAGUGGGAUGGUGAGCGUGGACUACUCUUUCUUCCAAAUUCUCACAGUCAACUUAGUGGAGGAGAAACAUCUUCAGAUGAAGGAGAACCUCUUAUUGGAUACCAGAGCCCACAUUAUCCAGAAGCUACACCAUCAGCACCUGCUGUUUCUAAUGUUAACCAUGAGCUGAUUAAUGUGUCCACAAACCAACAACAUCGUUCAAAAAAUGAUCAGUUAUUUACCAGACAUGCUAAAGUCAACUCUCAAAUCAGCUAUAAUAAUGUUUCAGUAGCAAAUGUUGUAGAAACAAAGUAUGAUGAUCUGGCACCUAGCUUGUAUUCAAGAAGUCAUAUUAAUAAGACUGGAAAAGAAAGAGCUAUACAGUCCAGAGCACAAUUAAAUGUUCACACAGCAGAAGUAUCUAAAGAAUAUUUUAAAAUAGUAGAAAGUUGUCAGAACAAUUCAUUGCAUAUGGGGAAUUCUGUUCACCAUACAGAAAAAACAAGUAUGGAAUUACAGCAGAAGGAACCGUUUAGACAAAUGAGGAACAGUUGUGCACAGAUUGCAUCAUUUGAUAUCAGACCAGAACAGCAAAAUGAGAAAGAUAAGAGUGUGUGUAGGACUUUCAAUGAAAUAGUCGGUAAAGAGACGGGUGUUGCAGAUGCUACCUCAAAGAGUGAUAACGAUGGACUAAUAAACCAAACAAUUUUCUUGUGUAAAAUGUGCAAGAAAACAUUUUCCAACAAGAAUGACCUACAUGUUCACAACUUCAUCAGUCAUGAAUCCAACCAUAAUUCUCAAAGAUGUAGCCCUCUCACCAUGACAACAGUGAAUGAGAACUUUUCGAGAACAUCACCUGCAAGCAGUUUGAGGAACUGUAAUGUGUUGUUCAGUGCUACAGGUGAUAGUAAUUUGUCAGAUGGGUCAGGGAAUGUGCUUGGUACUGAACAGAUGGGAACCACCUGUGUUGACACAAAUGAACAAAGUACUCUGAUUUCUCAUAAUAGUGAUUCUUUUGGAACAUCUAAUCCAUUGGCAACUAUUUAUAAUACCCAAGGACAAUUUUUAAAACUGUGCAAAACAGGGGACGGUGAAAAUUGCAGCAUCCCAAAGGACUACAACUCACUGAAUAUACGUAGAUUAGAUGAAAGCCGGACAGUGUUAACUCCUCAUAAUGUUAGAGGUUCAUCAGUAAAAGAAUCGUGUUCAGAUUCGUAUAGUGGUAGUAAUUUGAAAGAAAGUGAGAGUUAUGGGCUCAAAACGUCUACCACAAACAGAGGCGAAGCAAGUUCUGAAGUGAGAAAUGAGAGUGGAGAAGUUAAUGUUAGGUGGACAGAAAGUAGAACUAUCUAUGAACAUUUAAAAGUUACACAAGAUAAUUGUGGUAUCCAGUGCCAAAAUAAUGAAACUUCCAUGGACUGUGGAUAUAAUUUCAGUGAAAGUGCCAUAAGCAGUUCUUGUGUGAUGCAAAAAGACAAAGUGGACAGUAAAAGCAGACUGCUUAGUAGUGAAACUGUUGAAAGUAGUGUAAGUGCUAACAAUGUUGAUAAGACAAUGUGCUGUGAUCUAUGUGGAAAGUUACAUUCAUCCAGGGAGUCUUUGCAGAAGCAUAUUUUAUCUCAUACACAGAUACGACCAUUUGUGUGUGAAUUCUGUGAUGCGGGUUUUACAUCACAGCAUCUUCUUAAUGGUCAUUUAGAGAUGCACAAAAAAGCAACAGCGCACCUAUAAGAAAAAGCAGUAAUGUGAUAGAGUAAGAAGAGAAUGUAUACAAGGCACUGGAAAGGAAUUUCCAGUUUUACAAAGAGCUUUAUUUUAUACUAAAACCAGUUUACAGCAUCUAACACAUUAUAUGAUAGCUGUCUUCAAAAUUUUAUGUAUGUUACUGUUUUUUAAAAAUUUAUGCAUUUCAAGUUCACAGCAGUAAAUUAAAUGUGUAUAAUGUUUCUGCGAAGUCAAAAACUUUGAGUAGACAGAUAAUUUGUUUAUAUGUACAGUAAAAUGAGGAAAAAUCAGUGUUCAUUACCUUGUGAUCAGAUGCAACAGAAAAUUAAUUUAUUGUAGAUAUUAUCUUGUAUUUUACAAACAUUGUUCCUAACACAACAGAAUGAAAAAAAAAAUGAAGUGUAUAUCAACUUUUUCUGUAUGUGUACUGCCAGACAGCUAGAUAACUGGUAGCCUUCUUUACCACAUAAAGUACAACAUUCAUAUGUGAAAUUUGGGGCCACUCUUUGUCAUUAUUAGUUGUUAAUCAGAUGUAAUUAUUUAUAAUUGUGUAUUGAAAACAAACAUAUUGCACUAUCAUCUUCCCAUUUUCAUGAUCAAUCAGAUUGUGUACGUCAAAGAGGAAUGGUAGACCUGAACAAUAACGAAAGAAAACAUUUCACUAGGUGAAACAACAACUGAAGUUUAGAGCCCCAUGAGGAAAUUAAUAUUUCCUGCUGAAGGGGGUCAAGGGAUAAAGGUGAACUCAAAGGAUCAGUCCAUAAGUGUUAAGUUAUGGGUAGGGUGUUGUUCACUGUAAUGCCUCCAAAUCCAUUUCUUUUACCAUAAAAUUUCUAUUGCCACAAUCUUUCGUUUAUUUAGAUUUAUAUACUGUAACAUCAGGAUUCAGUUUGUUCAUGUGCACUGCUGUCAAUACAAGUAUUGUUACAUCUGCAAAUGUAAGUCGAGCAAACUUUUCUGUUUGUGCCAGCAUGGCUGGGAAAUAGAGUGAGUUUAUGGAAGGUUCAUCUUAAAAUCAUUUUUGUGGUAUGAACCAUCAGCAGUGUUAUGUUUAUCUUUUAUACUCUUUCUUUGUCCUAUUCCCUGCUCUCUCUCUCUCUCUCUCUCUCUCUCUCUCUCUCUCUCUCUCUCUCUCUCUCUCUCUGCGCGUGUGCGCUCGCCUUCUCGUGUGUGUCCACUGCCUACCAUGACCUGUUUAAAUUACCUUAUAAAUUGGCUUUUCUAUUCACUUUAACAUCAAAAAUGGCUUGAUUCUUCAAGUUUCAUUACUUUUGUUGCCCAGUAUUUAGUAAAUGGGGUUGUUUCAAUCAUUCUUGUUGGUGAUAGGCAUAUUUUAAACUUCCAUGAUCGAAGGUAUACAGAGCUUGUAAACAAGCAUAGGCAAAAAGUAACUUUGAAGAGUAAAAUUUAGAAAUUUGCUUCUGCUUUCAAAAAUACUUGUCUGUGUAACAAUAUGUAAACAAAUUGGCAUUAGUAAACAGGUAGUAUUUUACUUCUUCAUAUGCUUCUGCAUUGCUUUCAUGGUCUGUCAAGAGUAUUUUUCUAUCUCCUGAUUAUUUAGUGGCAGUACACAGUGAUGUGUGAAAGCUUGGCAAAAAUAAAAACUGGCAAAUUUGAUAAGCAAAAUAUUGAAAGAUACUGUUUACUUUCAUAUUAAUGAAAGCUGAACACGAGGGACGAAAGCAUAAAGUGUGUCAGUGGUCGCAGUUCGUAACUAAGAGUUCCUCAGAACUCUGUCAAGUGAGAGCCAGGUGCAAAGGGAACCAGUUAAAUGUAGUAGCAUUACAUCUCUUAUCAUUUCAAAAUGUACAAUUCUUUCACUCUCUUCCACAUCUUUCAGAAAUUUAUAAUUACAGAAUCUGUAGCAGAUAUUUAACUUUGUUUGCCAAACCACAUGCCUUCAAAUUUAGAGACAUGACUACUUUAUCCAUUUAAUUCAGAUUUUAAGUGAGCGGUGUGUAUAUUGUAAAAGUGAAUUGGAAGUGCUUGGUCUUAAAGUAUGGCAAUAUUUAACUCUGCUCUGACGUAGAAAGCACUGUAACACAAUUGUAAGCUGAAGAGGAUGCACACUGGAUGACUCUCCAUAGAGGUUUUGAAGUUAAGCAUAGUUAAAACAUGCACACAUGUCAUUUGUUAGGAUAGUAAAAACAUUUGUCCCCCAAAAAUAGAUGUUCUAUUGUGUGGUGUAUCACUGCUAAGACUUAAUGUAAGAAAGAAAUGGAAAUAAGUUUCCACAGACUGGUUGGAUGACUUUUAUUCGCGGGUAGUCUGUAGCUUUCACAUUCAUUGUUUCUCUGCUGCUGAUAAAUUGCAUAAUAUUGUGUAUGCUCUAAGUAAAGAGUUCACUUGUGCUGCACUAAACAUUAUUCUACUGCUUUGUGUUGUCAUAGCAGAUACUUCAGUUUUUCUUCUGGAAGAGAUUCUUCACAAAGUUGCAGGAAAACUACCAGUAUCUCGUAGCUAACCACACUUGGCUAAUGUUUUCCUGUUGGGCAUUUGUAACAUGAUCACUACAGUGAUUAUAUGUAUGAUAUAUUAUUUGACCAUAUCAUAUUUUAGUACAGAUGCUAAAGACUUCAUUGUCUUGUGCUCGAACAAGCCUAAUGACUUCUUUUGGCUGUAAUGUGUUCUUCCACUCCAAGUGUAGAUGCUACAAAUGAGGCAGUGAUCAUUUUACAUUGAUAUUUUUAGUUAUCUUAGUCAACAAAGGACUGUCAUUUUCGUAAAAUCUUUAGUAUCUACCAUUACUUGCAGAAAAGGCAAGUUACUGUCAUAUUGGUAUUUUUAAGCCAGUUGUUUUUGCACUUCGGUAUAUUGUCUGUGAUUGAACGCUAUAACACUGUGCACCAAUCAACUGUAAAACUCAGUAUUUUGUUAGUUUUUAGAAACUUCUAAAAAUCUAUAACAUUGACUUUAGAACUUGCUGUUUCCUAUCUUGCUGAAACAAAAUGAAAUACUAGACUGUAUUUUGGCAACAAGUCUACAAUUCCGUUGCUGAUGUUUUGUGUAUCAGAACUAGGAAUACCAAAAGUUAAUUUGAUAAUAUGAUAAGUUUCAUAGUGUUCUUAAGGCAGCAUGAAUUUUGGGGCAUAUCAUGCUGCAUUUUUCUUGUAACUUUCGUCUUUGUUAGACACUAAUAAUUUUAUUACAGUCCAGGCAUACAAAUAGGGAAAAACAUCAUUUUAAAAAGCAUAACUUCAUCUGUCACUACAAUUACUUAAUGUGCUCUAUAGCAAGACAAAAAGUCAUUCAUUUAAAAUUCAAGUUUUUAAUGUUAUGAACUUGCUGUGGUAAGUUUGCUUGAUAUAACACCCAGCCUUCAGUUUUAUGCCUAUUUCUUUUAAUUAUGGACUGAGCUUACUUCCUGUGGUUCCAGGUGGUUGUUAAGUACCUUAAUGAACAAUGAGUACAACUGUAAUUUGGAUGUCCCACGAAUUCAUAAGUAAAAUGAAUUUGUACCACAUUUACAUUGAAUUUUACCCACUUUGUGUAUAAUUGUUUGUACUAAAUAUGACAAAUGUAUGUAUAAUUUUUGUAUAAAUAAUUAUUCUGUAUAUAAAACAUAUUCAAGUGAAUACCAUAAGGAAGUUGUUGUGUAAUUUAUAACUUAUAUAGAUAUAUAAAUAUUUUGUGCAUAUGUAACAAAAGAAAAUAUGUUACACUGGUAUUGCCAAAUGAAAUGCUCAGAUGAAACUUUUUGAGGACUGGUAGUUGAAUAGGUAACCUCAAUCCAUGAUCCCCUUCCCCAUAUUAUACUAGCUACCAAAACUGCAUUUAAAAGGCUGAAACUUGCUUCACUGGGUUUGUUUGUUUGAAAAUAUUGGUAUUCAGUAUUAACUUUGAUAUAUGUAUUCUCCUGUUAAAUGUUGACAUAGCCAGGCAAAUUUGCAGUUUAUAGACCUAUAUGUUUGUUGCAGAACUGCGAGGCAGUAACUGCCAUCAUUUUAAAUUAAAUGUUACGUGCUGAAAAGCAAAUUAUUCUUAACUACAAAUUUUGUGUACAAAUAUUCCAGUAAUGGUGCUCAGUACCACAAGACAGUUAUUAUAUUGUGUGAUAUUCUAAUUACUUUAGCAGGUUCUUAACCCUUCGUGAAAAAAGCGGACUACAGUGUGACAUUUGAAUGUUUUGUGAGGAGAAUGUUUGAAAGAUGUAAUAACUGUGACAGCUUGUGUGAAUAAAUCUGAAAGUGUCUUUGUAAA